GCGAGGCGAGACGAGACGAGACGAGACGUGGCGUGGGCUUUGCGUGGUUUUUGCAGGGAAUAGCAGAACUCUCAACUUCCUGAUUGAAACAGAAACGCUGAUCAACUGAUGACGACCGAGCGAUCGUAAACAGCUGAAAACGAGAAGCCCAGCAUAAUGAGACCAAACUUGGUUGUGCCGACACGUUGAGACAUCUAUGGUUGCAGGAAUGAGCUCAUCAGAUAACUUCUCUUGUCAUCGUCGAAGGAAUCCUCCCAGGACCUGUCGCCCCAUUUCGCAAGUUCUCCCAGAACUUAACAAACAUGUUUCAGGUGACAAAGCUUCCAUCUUGCAGAGUAAAGAAACCACAGCGUCUCAAGAUCUGAAUCCUGCAGAAUCACAUGGACAGAGAACAACCAAGAAGGAGAAACCUAAAGCAAACCAAAAUGCUCUUCCUGACUCAUCGUCUUGUUUACAGAAGUCAACACAUCAACUAACGGGUACAAAUGGACUGGUGUCUUCAAAGUCACAUGAACUUGAGCCGAUGGUGCGUCAAAAAAUUACCACCCCCAAAUGUCCAUCAGAAACAUCAAAAAGACCCCAGAGGGGGAGAAAAAAGAAAUUACUUCAACCCAGUGAGAAAGAAGUAGCUGCUAGCAAAGCUUGUUCAGAUGAACUGGACAAUUCUGAACACAAUUCUUGCCCAGAACAACACUUAAGCUCUCAAAAAACAAAAGGGACACGUUAUCGGCACUCUAAAAAAACUCAAAACAAUCAGACCCCUUCUGAUGUUUCUACAGGGCUUCACACAUGUACUACAUUAUCUCCUCUUCAUCACAAGGAGAUCUCCGCCUGCCACACUAACAGUGAUUGUAGUUCCAUACCACACACCCCGAAACGGGGCAGACCCCGGUCCAGACCUCCCUUCAGCUCCACACCCACCUCAGACCUCCAACCCUUCUCUCCAAAAAUUGCUAAGAAUAGUUGUACAACACCACAGAACGUCAAAAAGUCCAGUCUAGUAAAGACGCCUCCUACAGACCGUACACCAUCUAGACGGGUUAGAUGCCAGAGGCCCGCGGCAGCAGGGAGUCCAAGAGGUCGCAAGAAAAAGAAUGUCAAGGAACAGCCUAUUCCCUCUCCACCAGUGAAACGCGGCAGGAAGUGUGCAGCAUCUCCUCUAGAAUCUCCUCAGGAAGAGCCAUCCAUUGAGACGCCGCCUCCAAAUAAAGCUCACCUUGAAACCCAGGUGCCAGAGCCACAGAAAUCAGAUCCAAACAUGUCCUCUGACCUCUCCAUCGAGCUGAGCCUGCAGGAGGAACCUCAUCCUCUUAACAACUCUCUCUACAUGGAGGAGGAAGAGGAGGAAGAGGACCUAGACGACGAUGAUGAGGAGCUGCCCAGCUUUUUGCAACAGGACAAUAAAAAGCCUUUGUCGAUCUCAGAGGGACUUUGUGUGUGGUGCAAAUUGAGGAAGUAUCCCUACUGGCCUGCAGUGGUUAAAAGUGUGAAUCGCAAGAACAAAAAAGCCAGCAUUGUAUUUAUUGAUUGUUACCUAAUCGACCAAAAGCGAAUUAGAAAAGGGUUUUCUGUAUCUCUGCGAACCCUAAAACCUCUUGAUUGUGAAGAGUAUGAAAAACUGGUGGACAUUGCAAAAGAGAAGUAUGGAAAUGCUAUUACCUGGUCUCUGGAGCUGAUAUCGGACUAUAGGAUCCGCAUUGGAUGUGGAUCCUUCUCUGGCUCUUUCAUCGAAUACUGUGCUGCUGACAUCAGUUGUCCAGUGCGGAGGAAAUACUCAGAGGGCAAAUCUGCGCUGACCUUCCCCAUUCAGGAGAUUCUGGGUUUUGAGUGUGACAACUCUGAUAAUAACACAGAGGACAUCGUCGUGGAAGAGCAAGAUGAGCUCCUCUCCAAGAAAGUGCUGCCUGACCGAUCCAAGGCUGCACGCAACCGUGCCAACAAGCAGUUGGUUGACUUCAUCAUCAGACGAAAAGUCGAAAACCGCUUAUUGGCAGUCAUCAGCGGUCGUGAGUCUUCUAAAUGGAUGCAAGCCCUCCAGAAGCCUUCUCGCCCAGUGGUUGACGUCUACCUGGAAGAUGAGGAGCAGGUUGAUAAGGUGUACCGCUACCUGAAUAAAGUCUGUGAUAGCGCCCCUCAAAUAAACACCUGCCUAGAAAACAUCCAAGCUGACCGGAUCCGGCUUAUUCUUGAUGUGCUCCUGCCUGAGGCCAUUAUCUAUGCCAUUGCUGGAGUCCACAAGCUUUCCCUGGAGAAGGCAGAGGAGAAGUAUCGCAGAGGGCCGUGCUUUAGUAACAGAGAAAGACAGGAAUUUGACAUGAUGAUUGAACAGCAGAUGAAGCUCAAGGAAAUCACCCGGAAUCAUAGGCAGUGACGGCCCCUCUAUUUUAAACAUACAUCAUCUUUUAUGAAUAAGAAUAUUUUCUUCAAUAUUUUCCUUCUAAUCAUAGUAUAUAAGAAAAUUAGUUGAAUGAUGGUUGAAUUGAAUGAUUUUUCAUGGCAAAAAAGAUUUUCCUUUGUAAAUAAAUUAACCUGAUAUUAAAUGUUUAAUAUCAAAGCUCAGACUUUAUGAGCUGAAUGGUAUAUCUCUGACAUCUUGAUGCAAAAUCUGGUGCUUUUAAUGUGUGCAGUGUAUAAUAAGUAAAUGCCUUGUGCUAAUACAUAAAUACAACAUUUUUAUAAUAUAAUGUGGUAUUCCUCAGACUGAGUAACACAUGUGGUUGCUACUUGUUUUGAAAAUGCUUGUGUGCUUGUAACUAAUUGAACACUGUUAAGCUGCAUUUACAAUCAACAUAACUAAUGUCUCCAAAAUGUGCUGCCUUUUUAGCCACCUGACAAUUCACUAUAACUUUUCCUUGCAUAGAGGCUUUUCAAACACCAAUGUACAAAAAGAUGCCAAAGUUGUUUUGCAUUUUAUUGCAACUGAAUUCUGGACUAAUGCACAUAAAAAAAAAAAAAAAAAAAAAAAUUCAGGACUUUGCAAUUGAUGUUUAUCAAUAAAUCUUUAUUUUUCAACACAUUA